AUGUCCGUAGACCUGAACGUGUUCAAGGUCCGAGGGCACACGCUCCGUCUGCAGCUGCAGGUGGCUGGGCUGUCCGAGAACAUGCGCGGCGAGCUUCGCUUCUCAAUCCCCGCGGAGAUCGAGAUCGCGCCGAAGGCUCCAGGCGCCAGUGCUGCCGCGGGUGCCAGCCAGAGCGCCAGUGCUGCUGCGGGUGCCAGCCAGGCCCCACAGGAGGCAGCGCAGGGCGCGUCGCCAGGACAGCCGCCUGAGAAGCGGCAGAGGCAAGCGUCGCCAGGACCGCCGCACGAUGGUGGAUCUAGCGAUGUGGAGUUUGUGGGCGAGCAGCCGUCCCCGAAG